AUGGCUGAACGUCAAGAGAUGGGUUUAUCUGAAGGGACACGUACUGCAGACAUGUACCCCAGAAAGAUACUGGAGUAUAUGGAAGGAUUCCUCAUCUCCAAGGUGGUUUUCUCCUCCUGCGAGCUGGGAGUAUUUGAUGUGUUGCUGGGUGCAGAGCGCCCCCUGUCUGCAGAGGAGAUCAGUCAGGCAGUUGGAGCCAGUCUGGAUGGCACACAGAGACUGCUGGCUGCCUGCACCGGCCUCCAACUCCUCAAUACACAUCAGGACAAUGGACAAGUGUUGUACAGUAACACAGAGCAGGCUAGUGUCUACCUGACCCGCUCCAGUCCUAUAUCCCUCUACCAAUCCAUCCAGUACAGCUCCAGAACCAUCUACCUCUGCUGGCACUACCUGACCGAUGCUGUCAGAGAGGGGAGAAACCAGUAUGAAAAGGCUUUUGGAGUCAGUUCGAAAGACCUGUUUCAAGCUCUCUACAGGUCCGAUGAGGAGAUGGUGAAGUUCAUGCAGUUAAUGAACUCCAUUUGGAACAUCUGUGGUAAAGAUGUGGUCACGGCCUUCGAUCUUUCGCCUUUCAAGGUCAUCUGCGACCUUGGAGGCUGCAGUGGAGCAUUAGCCAAGCAGUGCACGUCAGCCUACCCAGAAUGCACUGUUAUGAUCUUUGACCUCCCCAAGGUAGUGAGUACAUCGAGGGAACACUUUGUCACGGAGGCCGACCAGAGGAUAAGCUUUCACGAAGGGGACUUCUUCAAAGACCCCCUGCCAGAAGCUGACCUCUACAUCCUCGCCAGAAUCAUCCACGACUGGACCGACGAACGCAGCAUAGAGCUCCUCAGUAAAGUCUACAAAGCCUGCAAACAAGGAGGCGCUGUGUUGCUGGUGGAGGCGUUGCUGUAUGAGGAUGGCUCUGGCCCACUGACAGUGCAGCUCUACUCCCUGAAUAUGCUGGUACAGACGGAAGGCAGAGAGAGGACAGCUGCUCAGUACGCUGCCCUGCUGGCUGCUGCCGGCUUCACCAACAUCCAGCACCGCCUCACUGGGAAGAUCUACGAUGCAGUGCUGGGGCACAAAGAGACAUGA